AUGACAAUGAGCUCGAACACAGUUGUGUGUGUUGCUCUGGCUCUUCUUCUCAAUCUAACAGGAUCUGUUGGUCAGCAAGAUGUGUGCGGCCAAAACUCACUUAACACCAGGAUUAGUGGUGGAGGAGAUGCCACUGAAGGGUUUUGGCCCUGGCAUGUAGGCAUUAAAUAUAUCAACUCUAAUUUAAUUGGCUGUGGUGGGAGUCUCAUCAAUAAAGACUGGGUUUUGACUUCAGCAGCUUGCACUUCUUCUAUAAGUUACUAUGGCAGUUCAAACUUUAUAAUCUACUUGGGUCUUCUGAAGCAGUCUGGCCCAAACACACAUGAGGUUAAUAGAACAAUGAGUCGUGUCAUCACACAUCCUAACUAUACCAGCUCUACUUAUGACAAUAACAUAGCACUGCUCCAGCUCUCUUCUUCUGUGGAUUUCACUGCUCAUAUUAAACCAGUCUGUCUGGCUGCUGCUGGUAGUGAGUUUGAUGAAGGAAUUCAAAGUUGGGUCACAGGAUGGGGUGUCACUGAAUCAAAUCCAUUGCCAGACACAUUACAAGAAGCAGAGAUUGCAAUCGUCAGCAACUAUAAUUGUAGUAUUGUCCAUAAUAAUAGAAUCAGUAUCACAGACAACAUGAUGUGUGCUGGACUGACAGGUGGAGGGAAAGGCUCAUGUUCUGGUGAUGAGGGAGGCCCACUGGUCACUAAGCAGAGCUCCAGGUGGAUUCAGGCUGGAAUUGUAUCUGGAAUUGUAUCUGUGGGAUGUGACAGCAGUUUACCGAGUGUGUUCACCAGAGUGUCUAAAUAUCAAGACUGGAUCAACACUCAGAUAGUCAACAACCAACCUGGAUUUAUAACAUUCUCCUAUUAUAAUAAUAACACUCUUGAAACUACUAGCUCUAUUCCUGACAUCACUGAUGUUCCUGAUGUAACUGAUGUCAAUGAUGUUUCUGAUAUUCCUGACAUCUUCAGUGGAAGCUCACCUGCUCUUCACUUAUUUCCCUUUUACCUCACAUUCAGCAUCAUCUCUCUCAUCUUAUGUCCAUGAUUUCAGUAUAUUUGGUUGUGGUUAUUU